AUGAGUAAAUCACGCGAGUCUCUCUCUAGCCGAAAAUCUUCUAAAUCAAGUGGCAGAUUAAGCAGUAAGUUUGAUUUUGAUCUUCCUUCAGCAGGAUCACAAGAUAUGAAAAAUCAGUCCGAAAUUAAAAAAGAUAAAAUAGAAAAUAACGAUGAAGAUAGUUACGGAUACUCAUAUUCUGAUGAUAUUAACUUUGAUAACGAAGAUAGUGAAGGUCAUGACGUUUUUAAUGUUAAAACUCAUUCAACAAAAGAAAAUACUAGUUCAGAUAUUGUAUUCAGAACAGAUGAAAGGAUCAGAACUGAGUCAAAAUUUACUGCAUCUUUACAUUCUGAUUCAAUAUUUCCCAAAAACGACACGAAAAAGUUUGAUGCUGAAAAGAUGCAAGAGCCACCACCUCUUAAGCUUACUUAUAUGGAUGAUUCAUCUUAUUCUGAUGAAGAUGACUUUGGAAAUGAUACUACAAGAAAUGACAUUAGAUAUCAUAAACCAGAGUGGAAUUUCCCACUAAAAAGAAUCCCAAGGAACAAUGAUGAAGGAUUAUAUGAUACAUUAACAAAUUGUUUCAAUAUCAAAAACAUUGUGACACAGCUAAAGAGAACAGCAUAA